AUGCCAUCUAUUUUCAGGUUCAAUAUGGAAGCUCAGAAUGAGUUGCUACGAAAACAAGCAGAUGGGGUGAAGAUGUUUUGGAAAUCACUCAAUGACAUGCGUAUCAGCGGUAAGCUGUGUGACAUUUUGUUAUCUGUGACACGCAAUGAUGGCAGUGAUGUGGAUUACCCGGCACAUAAGGUCAUUCUGGCUGCCUCCAGUGAAUAUUUUGCAGCCAACUUAGAAGUUCUCUCUACAGUGACUAUCCAUAAACUUACAGAGAUAUCUGAGCUUGGACUAAAAGCUGUACUAGAUGUGAUUUAUCGUCAGGACAUCCCCAGAUUGAUAUAUGACUCACCCGAAGUGAAACAAGCGAGCCUCAAACUAAAAAUAUCUGUUCCUCAUAAUGUUGCAAAUCUUGCUACUGAUAUUCAGAAACCCCCAAUGGAGCCUCCUGUGAUGUCUCUUUAUCCUGAUAUGGCUCUUAGCCUCCCCCAGGCCUCUUAUGAUAGAACAGAUGCACUACUACACAACCAUACUGUGCCUCACAGCUCCAGUUUCCUGGGCAGUCUACAGUCGACCAGCUCAUACUCCUCCCAACUUUUCUCUGAUUUACCACCCACAUUCCGUACUGACCAUCAACCCCUUCUGCCGAAUUCAAAAUCCCCUGAAUCACUCCCCAUACCCACUCAAGGUCAAACUAUAGAUUCCAUGCAACCAGUGCCACCCAAUGUCACCCUAGUGCAACAUUAUAUGCCCCGACCACAAGUUCGUAUGCAUCUACAAAAUCCCUUGGCACCUGUAUCUGGUAUAGCCCACCCUCUCCCAACAAGCCUGCCUCAUCACAUUCCUUUCCCUUUACCUCACCCCUAUAUCAGUCCAAGGGAGGACCAACUGCAUCGUGAACCAAACCCUGUGGAAUCAUGUCCCCAGAUGUCUCAAAUGGAACUCCCCCAAACACAGACACAAACAUCAAAACCACAUCAACGAGAAGGAGAUAUCCAUUCCCAGGGGACUGACCUCCACCCACAGGGGACUGAUCCCUUUUUGGGUCCAACUCAUCCAUACCCCAAAGGUUCUGAUGAAUCCUUCCCUCAAGGAACAAACCCUGCAGAACAUACCCCUCAAGAACAUAAUACUCCAGUACUUGCCCCUCAAGAAAUAAACCCUCAAGUCCUUGAAGCACCUACUCAACAAAGAACUGGCCAUCAAGAACCAAACCCAGAUGCUUAUAAGGAAACACCCCCUGAUAAGGCAGUCAAGGCCAAUAAUGAGCAUGACCAGCCUACAACUGAACAAGAAAAAGUUGAAGAUAGCGCAGUAACUGAUAAACCCAAGAAAUCAAAGGCAAAGCGUAGCAGAGGAAGACCUAAGAGAACUAACAAUAAAGCUGAUAAUGGUGAUUCAAAUUCUCAAGAAACUACACUAAAUGUUGACAACCCUUCAGAGGAAGCUCCAAAUAAAGAACCAACAAACUCUGAUAAGGAAUCUGAUAGUGAAGCACCUUAUGAAAGUUUAUCAGUAACUAAACGAGGUGGAUUGAGAAAAAGAAAAGUGAAAACAAAAGAUGAACAGUCCAAGGAAAUGAUAGCUGAAGACACAAGUAAAAAUGCUGAACCUAUCAAAAAACUCACCAGAAGCGGGUCUAACCAAAUGCGUGAAAAGUGUAGUAUCUGUGGCAAAUUUUUCACUAGGAGUACUAUAUUGAGGCAUAUCUGGAAAGUGCAUCAGAAGGGAGAGCCGGAGAAAAUGAGGGGCAGAAAGAAGGUCUACUCAUAUACAAGAACAGAGAGGCAUGGAGACAGAAUAAUGAUACGUUGUGACCAAUGUGAUAAAUUAUUCUCAAAGGAAAACUACAGGAAUCAUGUCGCGAGGACACAUGAGAAAGUUCGUAGAUCAUCAUGUACAAUAUGUAAUAAAAGUUUCUAUGAUGCCAACAAUCUUAAACUCCAUAUUGAAACAGUGCAUGAACGUAAACGUCCACAUCAAUGCGCAAUCUGUGAUAAGUUCAUGGCCCGUGUGUAUGCCCUACAGAUGCACAUCUCUGUACAGCAUGGGCUUAAGUACGCCACCUAUAAAUAUUUACGUGACAACGACCAGCUAGGAGAUAUCAGAACACAACAUUUUCAUAAAAAGAAAAAACAGUUCAAGCCCCAGUCCUCAGCAAGGGUGCGUGAAGUCAUUGUUACACAACAAAAGAAAAGUGAUGCUCCUACCCCCACCAUACCAAUUAGCACUUCUGCAGUAGUGACAUCUGUUGCUGGUCCGAUACAACAAGCCUCAAUGCAUAAUAUGAUGGGACCCUCUAGUAUAGCCCAGCCAAUUUCUCAACAACCUCAGAACCCUGUUCAACCACAAAACCAGAGUCAAACCAAUCAACCAACCAAUCAAACGCUGACGUCACUUUUGCAAGGUCAAAACCAAGCCCAACCUCAAAAUCUAGCGCAACCUCAAAAUCUAGUGCAACCACAAAACCUUAUUCAGCCACAAAACCUGGGCCAACCUCAACCUCAAAUGUUAGCACAACCACAAAAUAUGGCACAACCCCAGCAUCUCCAAGCGCAAUCUCAGCAGAUGUCAACACAACCCCAGGCUGUGUGGCACAACCUGCAACCAACACAAUCUGGUAUGCAGCUAAUACCUCAACAACCAACAACCCAACAAUACUCCGACAUCUCUACCCUUCAGAAUAUGAUUCCUUGGAACACUGCUCCUCAGAACAACACCCAGCCUACCCCUCCUCAGCCCACCCCACAGCCCCCUGUUAUUCCUUCCACCCCUAGGCUUAGUCCCUCGCACAGUACCCGCCGCCUUUCUUGCAGCCUCUGUAAGGAGACAUUCGCCUCUAAUGGAACGCUAUCCCGUCAUGUGGCUCGUAUUCAUACUCUCAACAAUAAGAAGUAUGCAUGCACAUAUUGCAAUAAUAAAUACUUUGAUAGUAGCGCACUUAAAAACCAUAUAGCAACCCAUACUGGUGAGAAGAGGCAUGGCUGCCCUAUGUGUAGCUAUAGGUCAAUACAAAAAGCACAAAUGAUUAGUCACAUCAAGAAUGUGCAUGAUGACAGUAAAAUGAAAAAUCAGGAAAAAUUUCUGGUUGAUCCUAACGCAGCCACAACAUUCUUUUGCCAGAGUUCUGGUUGUAAGUACAAAUCAAAAUAUAAAGGAAAUCUUAAGAUGCAUAUGUUGCGUAAACAUGGUGAUAAUGAGGAGAAACAGGAAUUUGAGUGUGAGGAAUGUAGUAAAACCUUCAGAUUUAAGGACGAUCUUCACAAACAUGUGAAUCGUAUACAUCUCAGAAUCAAGAAAUUUGAAUGUGAGGUUUGUCAUAGAAGUUGUUAUGAUAAGUGGAAUUUACUCAAGCAUAAAUGUAAAGGGAAAACAACAGAAGGCAAACAACAAGGCCAAUUGAGUUCUUAACAGUAGUGACAUUUUGUAUGUGCAGACAGUGAUAUGUAAAUUGAGAAAUAUCUGGGUCUGGGUGUGCCAAAAGUUAUCAAAAUGAAAAGUGUGCAAACAUAUUGAAUUGUGCUUAAUUGAACUGAGAGGAAACUAAUCUAUUAAUUUUGGAAUAGUUGUUAUCUGUUUAUUUUUUGAGAUGAAUCAAAUAUGCAGUUGUAAUUACUUCUGUACUUUAUUUAGUAUGACUAUUUUGCUCUGUAAAAAACAUUGUCUUGCUUGACAGACUGAGAAAUCAAUAAUUUACUAAAUAAAAGCCCAUGGGUGACUGGGUGUUAUUUUGAAAGCAAUUAUUGUAGUCAUCCACUGGAAGAUUUCUUCGUGCUUCUUUUCAGAAAAGUAGCAACUAAGCCUAUUAGACAGAUUGUCGUGGAAUAAUUUCAAAAUACAAAAAAACUGUAAACAGGUAAAUCUGUGAUCUUGUUUUGAAUUUUUGAAUGGCCAAAUUGAAGUCAUAUUAAACCAUAUAUGUGAUGAAAGAAAGGUGCUUAUGCCAGAAAUCAUGGUACACAGAACAUAUUUAAAUGAUAUGAGAAUUUCAUAUAGGCCAUUAGCUAAAACCUUAAAUUAUCUUUAUAGUGAGAAGUACAAUACCUUUAUAGUAAAUUCCUUAUUCCAGUCACAAAUGUUUUUACAUGAAUUGUAUUGCAUAAAAGUCGUUUUCAUGUUUUCAGUGAACAAUUUCGCUUGUAACCAAAUAUGUUCUUUCUAUUGGCAUAUUUUAAAUAUGUUCAUUUUUACAUAUUUAGAGUUUUACUGAAGUUUAAGAGCACAUGCAACUUGAUUACAAAAAUGUUAUUGAUUGUUAAAAAUGCAUCAUUGAAAUAUGAAUGGUGUUUCAGUUGUGAUGGUUGAAAUAUAAAUGGUGUUUCAGUUGUGAUGGUUGAAAUAUAAAUGGUGUUUCAGUUGUGAUGGUUGAAAUAUGAAUGGUGUUUCAGUUGUGAUGGUUGAAAUAUGAAUGGUGUUUCAGUUGUGAUGUUUUCCUAUUGAAUAUGCCUAAUUCACACAAAUGGGUUAAAAUGAAUUAUUAGUAAAAUGGAUUUACAGUGUAUGUACAAAAAAACGGUGACAACUUACUUAUUGAUCUGUUUGAUUCAAGGAAAUGUUUAGGGAACUUUUUGUGAUAAUUUCUUUUUUUGUUCUAUGAACAACCAUUUCAACAUCAAAGAGUUAACAGAAUAUGCAUCUUUUCAUUAUUUUAAAAUUUAACAAAGUUUGGUUUGAAAAAUCACAUUUAAAAUAUACUUGUGCCAGAAAUAUGCCACAAUAUGAAUAAUUUUGGAAACCAUAUGACACAACUCAGUUCUUGAAAUUAGCUUGUCUGUUACCUGAAUGUAUCUAAGAAAAAAUGAAAUUAUAAUGAGGUGCUUUGCAUGAAAAUGUCAUUGUAAAUUGAAGGCAUUAUUUUAUCCCACUCAUACAUAAGUCAUAUACUAAACAUAAUAUUAUAUUUUUGUAUUCUUCUGUGUUAGUGAUAUUAUUAUCAGAUUAUAAGAUCUGUAAACCACCAUUAAAUGUUAGUCGAUUCCAAUGAAAUAUUAAAUCUGAUUUUAAGAUAUGUUACAGAUAUACAGGGUGUUCAAAAAAAAAACGCAACCCAAAGAAAUUGCUAUAUCUUGAAAAAUACUUGUUCAAAUAUGUUCAUUUUUUCAGGAAAGAAAGAAGAGACUGUGUAUGUAUAGCUCCUGUAGUUGGUUAGUUGUAAAAAAUGAUGCAUUGGACUCCUGCUCAGAAGACAGCUGUACGAGGAAAAUACGAAAAACCCAGUCAGGGCUGACUGCAACCGCAAAAAAACUUAAUAACUUUUCAGCCAUAGUGUUUUGGCUCUUCAAAUUUGGCACAAAUCAUCUUCAUUCACUGUAUGGUAAAUCUCUAAAGUGAAAUUAAAAUCCCUUCAGGGACUUUACAGUUACGGUCAAAAUGCUUUCAAAUCUCAGUAAAACGCCCUGGUUCCGGCAGACUUCAGAAGGCAUUUUGACCAUAACUGUAAAGUCCCUGAAGUGAUUUUGAUGAAACUCCACAAAUUUACCACACAUUGAAUGAGGAUAAUCUGUGCCAAAUCUGAAGUGCCAAAACACUAUGGUUAGAAAGUUGUGAGGUUUUAUUGCUGUGGCAGUCACCUCUGACUGCGUUUUUCGUAUUUUCCUAGAACAACUGUCUUUUGGGCAGGUGUCCAAUGCAUCGUGUUUUACAACUUACGAACAACAGGAGCUAUACAUACACAAUAUCUUCUUUCUUUUCCUGAAAAAAUGAACAUAAUUGAAUUAGUAUUUUCCAAGAUAUAGUGAUUUUCCAUUCGCGUUUUUCGUAUUUUCCAUGUACGACUGCCUUUUGAGCUGGUGUACAAGACAUCAUGUUUUACAACAAACUAACAACAGAAGCUAUUCAUACACAGUCUCUUCUUUUUUUCCUGAAAAUAUGAACACAAUUGGAUAAGAAUUUUCCAAGAUAUAGCGAAUUCUUUGGGUUGCGUUUUUUUUUGAACACCCUGUAGUUAGCAUAAGCAUGAUGACAUGUAUAUGAAUACUGAAUUUGUACAUGGUAGGCUAAUAUUUUAGUACUGAAGAAAAAUAUAUUCAAUUAUAAACAAUUUUUUUUAUGUUUUGUUAGAUCAGAUCUCACUUUAUGUAUUAAGAUAAACUAGAAAUACUGGCACUAGUCAACCAAUUUAUGGCUGCCCAUUGCAAGACUUGUAAACCUAUUCUUGAAGAGAGAUGAUUGCACAAAGCUAAAGCC